CCCAGCAGGUGCCCGUGAUGGAGCUGGGGCGCCUGGAGUACCUGCAGGCUCUGGUCACUGAGUUCCAGGCCACAGACAGCACAGAGGCCAAGGAGCAGGUGCUGGCAAACCUGGCCAACUUCGCCUACGAUCCCAAAAACUACGAGUACCUGCGGCAGCUCCAGGUGCUGGAUCUGUUCCUCGAUAUGCUCACUGAGGACAAUGAGACCCUCGUGGAGUUUGCCAUUGGUGGUCUCUGUAACCUAUGCCUGGAUAAAACUAACAAAGACUACAUCCUGGAGGCCAAUGGCGUGGAGCCCAUAAUCAACUGCCUGUCCAGCCCCAACGAGGAGACUGUGGUGUCAGCUGUCACGACGCUGAUGUUCCUGACGACGCCGCAGUCGCGGCAGCAGACCACGGCUCUGCCCGUGGUGGAGUGCAUGCUGCGCUUCUCCCUCUCGGCCAACAGGCGCCUCAGCAACCUGGCGUCUGUCUUCCUGGAGGACUACUGCACCCCUCCACAGGUGGAAGAGGCCAGGAAUCUCAGCAAACACACAGCAGUGGGGAUUCCUCUCCCCAAGGACUGACACUGGAGCUGUUGAGAGGAAAACCUCCCUCUGUUCUCCCAGGCUGACGCUGCUCAGCAGGUCAAGAGC